AUGGAGGACGAGGACAACAAUUCUAGAGAGAUCGACGUUCCAUUGGGUGAUGCUUUGACUAGAGGCAGUAAGGUUGAUUCAGAACUUGUAAUGGAUUAUAGUAAUGAAUUUAUUACUUAUGAGAUAUUCAAGAGUCGAAAUGAGUUAAUUCGAUGGGCACGUCAAGUUGGAAGAAGAAAUGGAUUCGUUAUUGUUGUGCAGAAAUCAGAUGGGGGUGAUAUUCGUGGUAGGAAGCCAAGACUUAGCUUAGCUUGCAAGAUGAGUGGAUCUUAUAGCGACACUCGAAAAAACAGCAAGCCUAAGACAAAAAAAGCAAGACUGACUGAAUAUCUUGAGGGUCAUUCUUAUGCUGGAAGGUUGUCACAUGAGGAAACCUCUUUGUUGGUAGACAUGUCGAAGAGUAUGGUACGACUGAGUGAGAUAUUGGUUACAUUGAAACAACGUGAUGAUGCAAAUGCUUCCACAAUGAAGACAAUUUACAAUGCACAUCAUAGGUAUAAAGUUGCUGAAAAAGCUGGGAGAUCUCAAAUGCAACAACUAUUAGGUCAGUUAGCGAUGAACAAGUACAUUGAGUGGCAUAGAAACUGUGCAGAUACUGAGACAGUGACGGAUUUAUUCUUGCACAUCCUGCUAGUUUGA